AUGUUGGGCUUUCUUCUCCAUUUUCUAGUUAUUUUCUGGAUAGCAGAAGCAGCUAUCAUCAGUCUUCCAAAUACUGUUUCCCCAAAAGUUGAGAAUGUGUCAUCUGUGACAAUUCCUAAGAUUCCAAUGAGACCGAGAGGAUUCACUGCUGAUCGGGACUCGAAGAUAUUGGCAGUCCAAAGAUUCAAACUCCUCGUCUCUGAUUUCUUGACAGAUGCUCAACUUUCGAAAAGCAUUGACGUAGCAGCUGUUGGAAUGCACAAGGGUAAACCACUAGAUGAUAUUUUGGAUGAUGUUUACACACGACUCCGGCGAAACUUGACAACAAAACAAAUCAGUGAGCUGACGAAAGCGCAAAAGGGAUUAAUCGAGGAUCUGGACGAAAAGUCAGCCAAACUGGUGAAGGCUCGAGUAAAGAGAAUGAUUGUGUAUUCGUUUGAUCCUGCUGCUGAACAGAUUCACAAGUUUGCCACACGGCCUUCAAUGGCGUUUGCAUUGAUUGCGGAAACCAUCAAUGAGAGAUUUGUUGGAUCAGUCAAGGACCUGAUUCGAGACGUUCUGACGCCGAAAGAAUACGAUGUCUUCCGAAAACACUAUCAUCCAAGAAUUUUCAAGUUGGACAAUGAUGAUAAAAGCAUGGAAAUCGUGAAUAUGACAACUCCAAGAACUGUUAAUAAGCCUUUGUGGUGGUAG